CAUGAUGGAAACACAAGCGCCUCCUUGUUUGCUACGAGUCUGAGUUUUAUUAAAAGCUACGUGUUAUUGUUGACAAAUCGAAACGUCUGAAGUUUUCCUCAGGUGACAUGAUAGACAUUUCCUCUUUCACUAUGAUGUAGAUGUAAUUUAACAUGACAAUGUCGAGCUGCAAGACUUCAGAGUUCACGUUCCAGUCGUCGGUGCACAGUACCCAUGUACUACGCUGUCUGGAUGAGCAGAGGCAGAAGGACCUCCUGUGUGAUGUGACACUGGUGGCAGAGAACCGAAGUUUCAGGGCCCAUCGCUCAGUUCUCGCCUCCUGCAGUGAAUAUUUUAGCACCCGCAUGACCAACCACACAAGCCCGGGACUCAUCAUAAAUUUGCCUGAUGAAGUAACAGCUGAAGGAUUUGAACCCCUGCUACAGUUUGCAUACACCUCAAAACUGCUCUUCACCAAAGAGAAUGUGCUGGAGAUCCAUAACUGUGCCACUGUGCUGGGCUUCAAAAACUUGGACAAAGCCUGCUUUGACUUUAUUUUGCCCAAGUUCUUUGACAGCAGCAAAGGUUCAUCUAAGGUCCAGAGUAAUCAGUGCUGCAAGACCAAAUGCUGGGGAGCCAAAGAUAAAUCAAGCUUUAAAAAUGAUUGUGCUAAUGAUACUGGUGAUGCAUCAUCAGCAACUCAGCCUUUGAAAAAACAGGAGCCGAACAUCUCCUCAAAUCUCAGUGAAAAGGCAGUGAGAACCUGUAGCCCAUGUCAAGUAGAAACUGAGGCAGAUACAGAAACAGAGACUGACUACUCCGCACUUUGUCCAAAAUACCGCAAGUUUCAGCUCGCUUGUGGGAAAGGCCUGUCUAACCCAGACACAGAACCAGAGAACACAGAGAAUACCUGCUCUCUAAAUUGCCUGCCUUGUUCCAGCUUUGAGAAAUGUGAGUCUGCAUAUACUCUGUCUAGCAAAAUUUCAACAGGAAUCACUGAGGAAGAUGCAGCGUUUUUUUGCUGCCCUUUAACAAAGCACUCACCAAUUGAAACACCUCUGAAUCUUUGCUCAGGCAAGACAUCUCCACAGAUGUGUCCAGUGACUGCAUCCUGUAGCCUAGGAGGCUCUUUACCCCCUCCUCCUCCUCCUCCUCUAUCUGCUGGGGAAGUGGUUGAAGGUUUCCCUGUGCGAGUCACUGGUGAAGAGUGCACAGUAUCAGAUUGUAAAACUGGAUCUAUUUGUCCAAAUCCAAGAAAAGUGCAAAGGAGCAGUGUGGAGAUGGAGGUGGCCAAUCAGCUCAGUGCCUGGCCUGACAUUUGCAACUCCGGUGUCUCAGAGCCUUCUUCACAUGGCCAAGGCAUGGCUGUGAAAAGCUCAGAGUUACAAUGGCUUAAACAACUGGAGUGUCCCUUUCUCAGGGAUUUGGGUGCAGUGGAUGCUCAGGUGCGACGUAGUGAAGUGACAUCUCACGCAGCAGAGUGUUCCUACAUUUCCUCCAUUCAUUCAGGAGAGGACUCCGAUAGCUUUGACACUGAGGGGGACAGUGAGUCCUGUACCAGUGAGCAAGCAAGUCUGCUUUUUGCACAGAUUCAGCUGCCCUUUUCUGUGGAGGGAAUUGUAUCACUGAGCCGCAACGACUUCCAGCAGAUGCUAAAGACACAGCGGCUGACACGUGAACAGCUUGAGUUUGUGCAUGACGUGCGGCGUCGCAGCAAAAACCGCGUUGCUGCUCGUCGCUGCCGAAAGAGGAAACUUGAUUGUAUCCACAACUUAGAGUGUGAAAUUGAAAGACUGAGGAGUGAGAAAGAGAAGCUGACUGCUGAGAAGAGACAGUUGGACCAGCUGAGGCUGAAGACAAAGGAGAAUUACUCAGUUUUGUAUGACAGGCUGUGUGCUGAGGCCAAACUGCAGCCUGAACAGCUACAGGUGUUUGCCAAGUAUACCUCUCUGGCAGAGUGCCCUUUCUCUACACAUCUCUCCACCAAAGCACAGCUUUACCACCACUCACGUGCUGAGCUCCAGCUCUUGGCAUCAUGCCUUGGCAAUGACACUGGCAUCUAUGAACCUGGCACCUCCACGAGAUCUGUCAACACUCACAGUCUUGCUGCUUCUAAUCUCCGAUCUACUGAACCUCCACACACAGGGAACAGCGAGACCAUGUCCAUCUCUACAGACCAAAGCAGUAAACCUGAAACAGAUAAAUCAUAAGGUGCUUCCUUUUUUAUAUUUGUAAUUCAGGAACUAUAUUGUCUCCCAAAUGAAGCAAACUGUUAUUGUUGACAAUCAGCAUGUUACAUUGCUUCAGUAUGCUUGUCUUUAUGGUGGAAGCCUUUUAAUGUAUGUUUUAUUUCAAGGUCAGGUUUGUUUCUCAGUGUUUUUAUGAACCAUUCGAACCAAAUGAUGUUUUUAUACUUCUAAGGUAGGUUCCUCUUAAUUAUACUCCAUGGAAUCCAGAACAGGUAAUCAGAGAUCUUGCAUUUGUAUGCAUUACAGUUUAUUAAUUAUGGCAAAGGAACAAGGGCUACAGAUGGCCCAGGUAAAAAUACAUUUUAGGAUUAUUUUCUAAUUUACAGUAUUUUGUUUAUACAUUUUAUUUCUCUCUCAAAUUUGGAUAUACCUUCUUAAAUAUUUGGUAGUUUCAUUAAGGUGUUAGCUUUUUUCUUGCAAGAGGCAAGAUUAUUCAUUUCUCUUUCAAGACAAGUCAAUAAAUCAUUUGCUCUUGAGCUUCACUAUACACCGCAUUGACUCCUUUUUACAAAAUAAUAAAAUUAAUUUGAUCAGAAUUUUAAAAUGGUUGUUGUACAGAUAUAUUUCUACAUUAAUGUUCAUUGUCAGCCACCACUUCACCAGCAGAUGGCAGCACUUGACUAAUAACAUCAUUGGUAAGAUCCAGCCAGAGUCAGAAGUUUUUCGUUUUCAUCUGGUAAUAGAUGCAGCUCAAGCAAAGCCCCUUUAUUUUUUAUCCUGAAAUGUUGUAUAUUGUUGCCUCAUUAUAAACUGCACCUUCCCCUGAUGUAAUAAAGCUGUGCCAUUCUGAACCAGAAA